AUGGAUUCACUGUCCCUUGUAUUUUUAAGCUUACCUUCCUGCACCUACAAUGAGGACUUCAAGCGCUAUCUCCUUCCUGCCGUCUACUGCCUUGUGUUGACCUUUGGCCUGCCUCUCAACCUGGCAGUGGUUCUAAAGUUAUGCCGCUCGUGCCGGGAGCUAACGCGCAGUAACAUCUAUACCCUUAACCUGGCAGCAGCUGAUCUUCUCUACGUCUGUUCGCUGCCACUGCUGGUCUACAAUUACGCCAGCCAUGAUUACUGGCCCUUCGGAGACUUCACCUGCCGUCUGGUGCGUUUCCAGUUCUACAGCAACCUUCACGGCAGUAUCUUCUUCCUCACCUGCCUCAGCUUCCAGCGUUACCUCGGCAUCUGCCACCCGCUGGCCAGCUGGCAUAAACAGGGUGGACGUCGGGUGGCGUGGAUAACAUGUGGUUGUGUUUGGGUUGCUGUGGCGAUUCUAUGUGCGCCAACAUUUCAGUUUGCUGCCACAGGUGUACAGCGUAACCGUACUGUGUGUUAUGAUCUGAGCACUCCUGAGAGAUCAAAGCAGUACUUCCCUUACGGCAUGGCACUGACCUGCCUGGGCUUCCUGCUUCCCUUCCUGGUGAUCAUCAUGCUUUACUGCUGCAUGGCACAUGUGCUUUGCCGUAGCAAUGGAGCUGGGACCCCAGCCUCACAGGACAAGCGCAGGAGGGCAGUCCGCAUGAUCAUUAUCGUGGUGCUGGUGUUUGCAAUCAGUUUCUUUCCAUUUCACAUCACUAAGACCCUGUACCUGCUGGUCCGGACUCUUCCAGAGGCACCGUGCCAGGUCAGAAACUUUUUCUCUGUGAUUUACAAGAGCACGCGACCCUUCGCUAGCAUGAACAGCGUCCUUGACCCCAUUCUCUUUUACUUCACCCAGCCGAAAUAUCGGCACAGUACCCGCAAGCUCCUGGUCCGGAUCACUACAGCACGAGACAAGUCUGACAAAGUCUGA